UAGGUAGAAAUAGAGGCUCUGGUUUGUUCUCAUUUCUUUACAAAAAGUCCAAUUUUCUGAUGUUGAAUUAAACAAAGAAACAAAAAAUGGUAGGAGGAGGAGAAAAUGAAAAUGAAAAGAAGAUGAAAAUACUAUGCCUCCAUGGAUUCAGAACCAGUGGCAGCUUUAUCAAAAAACAAAUCAGCAAAUGGGAUCCUUCCAUUUUCUCUCAAUUUCAUAUGGAAUUCCCAGAUGGAAAAUUUCCUGCUGGAGGGAAAUCUGACAUAGAAAGCAUUUUUCCUCCACCUUACUUCGAGUGGUUUCAAUUCGAUAAGGAUUUUACUGAGUAUACUAAUUUGGAAGAAUGUAUCACAUAUUUGACUGAAUACAUCAUAGCCAAUGGUCCCUUUGAUGGUUUCCUUGGGUUCUCACAGGGAGCAACACUUUCAGCACUUUUAAUAGGUUAUCAAGCACAGGGAAAAUUGUUAAAGGAGCAUCCACCUAUAAAGUUUUUUGUAUCGAUAUCAGGAUCUAUGUUUAGAGAUCCUAGCAUAUGUGAUGUUGCGUAUAAGGAUUUAAUCAAAGCUAAAUCGGUUCAUUUUAUUGGUGAGAAAGAUUGGUUGAAAAUUCCUUCUGAGGAACUUGCUUCUGCUUUUGAGAAACCUGUUAUAAUAAGGCAUCCUCAAGGUCACACUGUCCCAAGAUUAGAUGAAGUUUCUACCGUUUUGUUGAAAAAUUGGGUUGCGGAAAUCGUAAGGGAAGAAAAAGUUGGUGUCUCAGUUUGUGAGGAUGAAAGGAAGGAAGAUGUUGAUGGUACCGACGGGGUGGAAAUAAACAAUGGAAAUGCGGAUACUAUAGAGGCGGUCUAAGCCGGAAAAUUUAAGAUUAUUAAGGAAGGGAUCUGAAAUUGAUUCAAAUUAUGUUUUUAGUAGUGAUUCUUCAUGUAGUUUGCUGAAUUAUUGAGUACUUGUAAUAAAGUUAGAUGAAUUCACCUCAAAUCAUGAAUAUGUUUUUGCUUGAAUUAAUCGAAUUGAUUGUGGACAUUUUCUUUGUAUCUAUCUCUGUAGUAAUCUAUAAUAGGACGCAUGAAUAAAUGAUAAUUAUGAUUGCGAUUAA